AUGGUGAUGGUGGUCCACGCCAAAGAUGAUGCCUACCUCGAUGCCGUCAUUCCCAAGCGCAUCCAACUCUUUGAAUCCAUACAGGCCCAGCAACAUGCUGCUCGACAGUCCCUCCCCUCCGAUACUAUCAAGAUUACAUUGCCCGACGGGAAGGUGAAGGAGGGCAAAAAGUGGAUAACUUCCCCUUUUGACAUUGCAAGUGAGAUUUCAAAGAGUUUGGCUUCCAAAGCUUUGAUUUCUGAGGUCAAUGGGGUUCUAUGGGACAUCAACAGACCUUUGGAGGGCGAUGCUGAGCUUAAGCUUUUCACAUUGGACUCAUUCGAUGACAAUGUGGAUGUUCGGCAUACCUUCUGGCACUCCAGCGCCCACAUUCUUGGGCAGGCACUUGAGGUGGAGUAUGGAUGCAAGCUCUGCAUCGGUCCGUGCGCCAGAAUCGACACCAAAGGUUUCUAUUAUGAUGCAUUUUAUGGAGAUUUGGGCUUGAAUGAUGAGCACUUUAAGCAAAUCGAAUCAUGGGCAGAGAAGGCUGUUGAGGGGAAACAACCCUUUGAACGCAUUGAAGUAUCGAAGGAACAAGCACUUGAGAUGUUUUAUGAUAAUGAAUUCAAGGUUGAAAUCAUCAAUGGUCUUCCAACAGACAAACCUAUCACUGUGUAUAGAUGUGGCCCCUUGGUUGACUUGUGUCGUGGACCCCAUAUACCAAAUACAUCAUUUGUGAAAGCAUUUACAUGCUUGAAGACAUGUGUUGUCAGUGUGUUAUAG